AUGCUGACCCUGCUGGUGUUGGCACUGCCCAUCCUGGGGAGCCUCGUCCACAUGGCCCCCGCCCCAGGCCCAGCCCUGGAGCGAGCAGGCAUCGUGGGUGGGCAGGAGGCUCCUGGGAGCAAGUGGCCCUGGCAGGUGAGCCUGAGACUCAGUAUCAAGUACUGGAUGCACAUCUGCGGGGGUUCCCUCAUCCACCGCCAGUGGGUGCUGACCGCAGCGCACUGCGUGGGACCGGCCCUCAUAAACCCCGAAUUGUUCCGGGUGCAGCUGCGUGAACAGCACCUCUACUACGGCGACGAGCUGCUGCCCAUCAGCAGGGUCAUCCCCCACCCCGACUACUACAUGGCCCAGGACGGGGCGGACAUUGCCCUGCUGGAGCUCGAGGACCCCGUGAACAUCUCCAGCCACAUCCAAACGGUGGCUCUGCCCCCUGCCUCGCAGACCUUCCCUGCAGGGAUGCGUUGCUGGGUGACAGGUUGGGGUGAUGUGGACAAUGAUGAACCCCUCCCACCGCCGUUUCCCCUGAAGCAGGUGAAGGUCCCCAUUGUGGAAAACCACGUUUGUGAUGCAAAAUACCACACUGGCCUCUCCACGGGGGACAACAUACACAUUGUCCGUGACGACAUGCUGUGUGCUGGGAACAGCCGGAGAGACUCCUGCCAGGGCGACUCCGGAGGGCCCCUGGUCUGCAGGGUGAACGGCACCUGGCUGCAGGCGGGCGUGGUCAGUUGGGGCGAGGGCUGCGCUCAGCCCAACCGGCCUGGCGUGUACACCCGCGUCACCCACUACUUGGAUUGGAUCCACCGCUAUGUCCCCAAGGAGCCCUGAACCGGGUUUGCAGUCACUGGAGAAGCCAAGCCCCUCCUGUUGCUAACACUGCUGCUUCUGCCUAGGUGGCAUCUCCCCACUUCUCCGUCCCCUGCCCUGAGCCCCCUCCCGUC